AUGAAGCCGCCGGAGUUAUCCUCCUCUCCUCUACCCCCUUUCUCCGGUCUCACACCAUCGACGCCGCCUAGGAGAGGGCGUUUUCACCGUUGCCAGGGGGAGAUCCGAGCACCGCCGUUGUGUAUGGCGUCCAGCGCCGCCUCCCCCUCCGGUGUCGCCUCCUCCAGCAGCAGCCGGCGUCUCCAGCCGCCUCCGGCGAUUGCUACAGUCGUCGCCGGCGUCUCCAGCGCCGCCUCCCCCUCCGGUGUCGCCUCCUCCAGCAGCAGCCGGCGUCUCCAGCCGCCUCCGGCGAUUGCUACAGUCGUCGCCGGCGUCUCCAGCGCCGCCUCCCCUCCGCCAUUGCUGCCUGCACUUCCCGGAUGGGUGCCGGCGAUUACGGCCAGCAGCCGGCGUCUCCAGCCGCCUCCGGCGUCUCCAGCCGCCUCCGGCGAUUGCUACAGUCGUCGCCGGCGUCUCCAGCGCCGCCUCCCCCUCCAGUGUCGCCUCCUCCACCAGCAGCCGGCGUCUCCAGUCGCCACGGCCGCCUCCGGCGACUGCCACAGCCGUCGCCGGCGUCGCCAGAAACAUCCGACACCUCCGCCACUGCCGCCUACACUUCCCGUGGUGGGUGCCGGCGAUCAUGGCGAAUACCACCUCCAAACCACCGCCAUAGUCGCCCUUGGCAGCCCGCCGAUGUGGAUCCGGCCAUCGGGCCGGUGUAUUUCAUUGUUCAUUUUGGCGUAA